AUGAGUGCUCAACAACGACUCGAUGCCGUCGCUGGCCAUCUCAACUCCAGCGGAGCUGCAACACCCUCUCCAGCUCUCAAGAAGCUCCUUGAGAAGAAUCCAGAUGAUAUUGUCAUAACAGCUUCCGUUCGCACACCUCUCACGAAAGCCCGCAAAGGCGGCCUGAAAGACACUCCCGCCGAAGAGCUUAUUGUUCAUGUGUUAAAAGCCAUCAAGGACAGAUCAGGCAUCGAUCCCAACGUCGUCGAAGACGUCUGUAUUGGAAAUGUUCUACAGCCCGCCCCUGGCUUUGUUGCGAGAAGCGCUGUUCUAGCUGCCGGCUUCCCCGUUGGCACCGCCGCCAACGUCGCCAGCAGAUUCUGCUCUUCCGGACUACUCUCAAUCCAAACAGUUGCAAGUUCAAUCGCAAUUGGUGCCAUAGAUGUUGGUAUCGCAGUCGGAUGCGAGAGCAUGUCAACCAAUGACGAUAAACCACCACCAAUGAGUCCAAUUAUCACCGAACACCCUAUUGCCAAGGACAACCUUCAACCAAUGGGUUGGACCUCCGAAAAUGUCGCUCGCGAUUUCAACAUCACACGACAACAGCAAGACAAGCUCGCCGAGAUGUCUCAUAACCGUGCCGAGCGCUCCCAAAAAGAAGGCUGGACAGCUGAUGAAAUCGCUCCCAUUACCACCCAAUGGAUUGACCCCAAGACCAAGGAGAAGAAAACCGUCACUCUAGACAGGGAUGACGGUAUUCGACCUGGUACCACAUAUGAAGGGCUUUCCAAGAUUCGUUCAGCUUUCCCUCAUUGGGGCCCUACCACAACCGGUGGCAAUGCCAGUCAAGUGACUGACGGUGCAGCUGCAGUAUUGCUGAUGAAGCGCUCGACCGCCCAGAAGCUAGGCCAGAAGAUCAUUGGAAAGUACGUAUUGAGCACUGUGGUCGGUCUCGAGCCUCGCAUCAUGGGCAUCGGUCCAAGUCUCGCCAUCCCUAAGGUCUUGGAGAAGACCGGCCUGACGAAAGACGACGUUGACCUCUUCGAGAUUAAUGAGGCUUUUGCUAGCAUGUACGUCUACUGUGUCAACGAACUCGGUCUGGACAUCAACAAGGUCAACGUGCGAGGAGGAGCAAUCGCCAUCGGCCACCCUCUAGGUUGCACCGGUACCAGGCAAGUAGUGACAGUGCUCUCAGAGUUGAGACGGCGGAAAGCCAAAGUCGCCGUCACUUCCAUGUGUGUAGGAACAGGAAUGGGCAUGGCUGGCGUUUUUGUGAACGAGGCAUGA